AUGAGGCUCAUUGUUACUUCCAAAAUGACGCCUUGCGAAGUUGUGAAGAAAAGUGGAGAAGUUCCGAAAGCUCUUACCUAUAAAGUUAUUGUUAGAGCUUUAUGGUGUGAAGGAAAAGUGAAGGAAGCUGUUGAAGCAGUCAGGGACAUGGAACGAAGGGGAGUGGUUGGGACAAGUGGCGUAUAUUACGAGUUAGCUUGCUGCCUUUGCAAGUGUGGUAGGUGGCAAGAUGCUCUGUUACAGGCUGAGAAGAUGAAAAGUGUGUCUAAUUCUAAACCUUUGGAGGUCACUUUCACAGCCAUGAUCAGGUCUGGGGGGGGGGGGGGGGGGGAUAUUGAUGACUGUAUAUCCAUAUUUGAACACAUAGAACAUUGCACCACAAACAUAGGGACAAUUACAAUGUUGAAAGUCUUUGGACGCACUGUUAUGUUUUCCAAAGCUAAAGAUUUGUUUGAGGAAAUCAUGGCUGCUAAAUCAGAGUUUGACCCUUCGCUGGAAGGUGGGGGUAGUUCUCUUCUGCCUGAUGAGUACACAUAUACCUCAAAUCUCAAAAGUUUCAUCAGUGCCAAUACAUUCAAAUACUUUGAAUAUGUGUACAAAGAGAUGGCUCUCUCGGGAUAUCAAAUAGACCAAAGUAAAAAUGCAUCAAUGCUUGUGGAAGCAUCCAGUUCUAUCAAGGGGUAUCUACUAGAGCACGCAUUUGACACAAGAUUGGAAGCUGGCGAAAUCCCCCAUAUGUUGUUCUUUAUUGAAAUGGUUUAUCAAGCUACAGCUCAACAUGAUUACAAGAGAGCGGCAACUCUGGUUAAUACAAUGGCUUAUGCCCCAUUUCAAGUCAGUGAAAGGCACUGGACAGAUGUCUUUAAGCAAAAUGAAGAUGGGAUCAGUCAGGAUGGUUUAAAGAAUUUUCUGGAUGCUCUGCAGCAUUGCGAUGUAACAUCAGAAGCCACGCUUAUAAACUUGAAAAGAUCUUUGCAAAGUCUCUGUCGGUCUACAUCAAGAGACCUCUCAAAUUCUGAUACUGAUGAGGGGUUUGAUGAAGGGCUCAUUAUGCCAAAUUGUUCUUUAGAAUAUAGCAAUGGUAAGUCCAAGCCUGGCACUGGUCCUCCUGAUGACAAUAGUGAUGCUCCUUUCCGAGAAUUUCCUCAGCGCAGUGGGAACCUAGAAGAUGUUGCCACUGAUAUAGAGAGGUCCAGGCCAUUGGAUUAUGUUUCCGAUGAAGAUGGACUAGAGUUGACAGAAAUUGAUGAGGAAAUCGAAGCACUGAUAAAUAAGGAUCGUGCUCACGAUUCUCAUUUACCCUCAGCAAAGGAAAUAAUGACAAAAUGGAAGGAAAGAAGGAAAAAGGAUGGGAUACUCGUCCCCUUUCAACUCGGCCAAAAAUAA